GCCUCUGACUCCGAAUCGACUUUCCAAGCUUUACGACUAAGAUCCCAAAGAAGAAUAUCUGCCAUGAAAUUCACGCUUCUCACAAUCCUUUCGGGGUUAUUAAUCCUGAGAUCAGCAAAUUGCAUUCCAUACAUAGUAGAAGGUGAUUCCGGUCUUGCUGAUUAUGGAAAUAGAUUCGAUGACAACUUAAUAGAAUUCGACAAGCGUAGUUGCAUUCAUCGGGGAGGCAGCUGUGACGAUCGCCGGAACGACUGUUGCUUCAACUCUGCUUGCCGCUGCAAUCUGUGGGGGACGAACUGUCGCUGCCAGCGAGCAGGCCUCUUCCAACGCUGGGGCAGAAAGUGA